AUGCUUCGCAUACGCUUGCCGUCUGGUCAAAUGAAUCUGAAGGGAGUUGACUUUCAAAACUCCACUGUUGAAUGGCUCAAGUCGGAAAUACAGAAGGAAAGCAAAAUUCCACUGCUAAAACAAAAACUCAAAUGUGGAUUUCCACCACAAGAAGUUACUGGGCAAUCAGAUCAAGAAUUAUUUAAUUCAAAAAAGCUUUCGGAGAUUGGCUUAAAAUCGGGAGAAAGUUUGAUCGUGGAAGAAACAAACGAAUACUCUCAGGCAAAACAACCCAUUUCCUAUCAAUUAGCGUCAGCAUCUAUGGGCAAUCAUGACGUUGUGGAUCUUACUGCUGACUCCACCAACAUUGUACAAUUAAAACCAGAACAAUAUUCCGACUGUCCAGCACGACCACACGAUUUGCAAUCCUUUGAUUCCUCUUUGAUUUCAGAUUGUGUUGCUAUUAAACGAGUCAUUCCAGCAGAUAAUUCGUGCCUGUUUAAUGCCUUGGCUUAUUGCCUGGAAGGAAGCAGAGCAAGAAAAAACAAAAGAGCCCGAGCCUUGAGAAGAGUUGUGAGGGAUUGGAUUAUGAAACAUCCGUUUUAUUUCAAUGAAGCCAUAUUGGGAAAACCCACCAAAGAAUAUUGUGAUUGGAUAAUGAAAGACGAUUCAUGGGGAGGAUCUAUUGAAUUAUUAAUUUUGUCCCAGUUCUACAACAUUAGAAUUGAAAGCUUUGAUGUCACAGCCAAUAGAAGAGAUGUCUAUGGUGAAGGAGACUCUACUAUUACUUCAAAAAUUUUCCUUAUUUAUGAUGGUAUCCACUAUGAUGCGUUUGCUUUCAAUCCUGUUCCAUCUGGACCUGAAGAAUUAGAUAUUACCAUUGUACCUGCUAACGAAGAGAUUUCUUCUAAAAAAGCAUUCGACCAUGUAAAACAAUUGCACGAACAGCAUCAAUUUACAGACACUGCCAGCUUCACUUUAAAGUGUUUGCAAUGUGGAGAAUUUUUGAAAGGAGAAAAGGAGGCCACACUUCAUGCAAAGAAAACUGGUCAUACAAGCUUUGGUGAAAAGAGAUAA